GGGAGGAGGGCGUGGCUUGCCGAAGCCAUCUACUCCACGUGGUCCGCUCGGGUCCUCGUCGGAUUUUCUUUGCGGCGGUCCUGGGCUCACCCGAGGUGGAUUGGGGAUCUGGGGCCUGCCCGCCGUCUGUUGAGAGUCGGUACUUUUCUGUCCUCAGGGCCGAGUCUGCUUCACGCGCUUCGCCAAUCCAAGAGUCGAUGACACCCUGUCCGUCACCAUUCUGCUCAAGCUCUCUUUGUACCCUGUAUAGCACAUGCCCCCAGCCGUAUUACCUAUAGUCACACGUCGCUAGGACUGGUUGCCUCUGCGGCGUGAGUCCAUCCAAUGCGCGCGUCCGUCAUUCUUUACAGUAUAGCAGCAUCAUCGCUGAUUGAAGCCAAUGCCUUGCGGCAACGAGCUGGUGGCUCGCAUGCAGCGAAGAUAGCAGGAAUCGUUCCCACCCACAAGACGACGUUUAAGUUCUUUAAGCAGUUCGCGCGGGACUGGGAAGCAUGUCCAGAAGGUCGAGAAGCCAUGGACUUGAUGCCCGUCUUUUCAACUGAGGAAGAUCACGAACAAUUCAAUAUGAAGCUGAAAACACAGUUUCCAGAUUUCAAGUUCGAUGAUCCAGUUGCCUGCGGCAAGUCCCGCCAACGUGACUGUCCAGCAUCAUCGAAGCCAGCUUCUCGCAUCAAUGAUGACAGUGAUGCUGAUGAUGGUGAAGCUCAGGAUAAUGGUGACAAGGACGAGGACGAGGAGGUAGAGGUCCGCCGUCACAUGUGACAUGGGGCUUGUUGGAGCGCCGCGUCAGAGCCACGGUGGGACUGCAUUGCGGACUGGGCUGUGCGUGUACGCAAGGUAGCUGCAGAAGUCUGCUGCGAUCACGGGUAGGCUGGACCAGCGCGCGGGACCGUCUAAGAGCCCUGGUGGUCACUUCUUCAGCCGUCUCGGAGCAGGUUCGGAGCCGCCUUGGAGCGACGGAUGUUCUUUCGGGACUCUUGCGGGGCUCCUGGGGGUUGCUUGAAGCGGAAGGCUCGAAUGGUCGGUUCGUGCUUCCCCUUUUUGGCUCUUGGGGGCUCUCUCGAGCCGUCUUGGGCGCUUCUUGGGCAGGCUUGAAACCCUUUUGGGCCUUGUGAGAGCUCUUCUGUGAGCAUAUCUCUUCGCUCACUCCGCCAGCCCAUCUCGCAUCGCUGGGGCUGCAUUUUGGUUUGUGUCUGAGCCCGCU